CUCGAGUCACAGUCAGCUGACAUUCCCUCCCCCUUAAAGACUUGACCAUUGAGCUACGUCUUCAAUUUUCGCGUACAGAAAGCUCACGGACAACCUAAAUCAUGCAUCUAAUGCUAGUCGUCGUUCUCGCACUUGUUGGUGCCGCUGUCUCGCAGGCUCCAAUACCUUGCAAAUCUCCAGCACAGUGGUCGGCUACCCGGGUUAGGUACGAUUUCAAGGAGAAAAUCGUCCGCAAGGAGCGUUACCAUCAUGAUGCCAUUUACCAGAGGACGAAGAAAAUUGAAGAAAUCGAACAGGGAGAAAGCAAGGAGUUCUAUGAAAUCUACCGAUUCUAUCCACAGAGAAAACAAUACAUCAUCAACCUGAAGACCAAAUACUGUAACACGACAGCCUUGACCCGCCCCUUCCCAGUGUACGAGAUCUCGCCCAACGACCGGUUCCUGGGAGAAUACGUGAUCGGAACUACUGCCGUGCCGGGUGAGGGUGUCACCAUACAGCAGUGGGGAGGCAUGGGCCGAGAACCAGGAACCAUGUUUAGUGGCGCCUGGACGCUGUCUGACUGUUUGUUAACACGCUGGGGCUACUUCAGUAACACCACUGGACCUAUUGAAGAGAGCAGUUACUACGACAUCACCCUGGGAGUAAAUCCUGAAGAUUUCAUCCAGCCUUCCAGCUGCAUGGGAUAAAUUAUCACACACCGAUAGAUGGCGACAACAGUCCAACUACAUUUAUAGACUGAAUUCAAGCAUUACCAUUUAUUGUGUUUACAUUUUCACCACAUAAAAUACUGAACAAAUACUUCACCGAUAUUUUAAGGACAAAGUUGACUGUUUCUAAAAGUACAAUUUGGACUGAAUAGAAAAAAAAACUUUUGUUAAUAUCAGUUGCAAUCUAUUAUUGCAAUAUGCACACCACGUUUACUUUCAGCCACAAGUAUCAAAAUUAAAGUUAUGUGAUAUA